UGAGCGGCUGCAGCCCCCGCUCAGUCGUCCUGGGUUGACUUUGAGAAACGCACACGCCGUUCAAGAGUCCCAAACCGUUGCAGAGUCCUUGAGCCACAUCUCUGUUGCUGUGAUGGACCGCAGAGUGUGAGCAGGGUCCCCGUCCCACGAGAGCAUCAUGGAGCCGCGUCCCAUCAUAGCGUUGGCCUGCCUGCUGGGAGUCUGUCUCGGCUCAGUGCCUGCAGGCCUCACCCCGGAUCACCCCCGCCCCCUGCGGCUGGACAGCUGUGUGUUCCAGCAGCGAGCAAACAUCACCUGCUGGUGGGAGUCGGGAGACACUCAGCCCUUCAACACUGCACACUACACCCUUAAGAUUGAAAGGAUGCACAAUAAUGUGCCCCAGGAAACAUUCAGCUGCACUUCACCAAACAACAGCUGCACAGUGGAUAUCAGCAUCACCAGCGUAGCUUUCCCUUUUUGCAUCACCGUCACGGCACACUCCCCCCACGGUGACACAAGUUCAGACCCACGCUGUCAGUCCGGUAGAAAAGAAGUGAAGCUGGGCCCAGUGACACUGACAGGUGUAGAGCAGGUCAGAGGGGAACCCGAGUGUCUGAAGAUAAACUGGAAUCGGCCUCCGACAUAUGAUGUGUCUGAACCUGAGAUGCAGGCCGGGAACCUGAUGUCCCAACUUGAGGUCACAGCGCAGGGGCAGCCCAGUGUCCAGAUCAUAGAUGUGAAUGUACUGAAGGAGAGCUUCGUAGUUUGCCUUUUCAAACCCGACACCUUAUACAGCAUCAGGCUUCGCCACCGCUUUCGUAACUCGACCGCCCCCUGGAGUGAGUGGAGUAACAGGGACCAGGGGAGGACAGGAGAGGCCGCCCCAUCUGCGGCACCAGCUUUCUGGAGACAGGUGACAGAAAAGGACGAGAGUGGGUGGAGACACGUCUCCCUCUUUUGGAAGCCCUUGCCUCACUUUCAGGCCAAUGGCAGAGUCCUCUUCUACAAUGUGACGUGUCAGAGUGAAAAUACUGCGGUCCUGAACGUUGGUGGGAGUUGCCAAUCUCUGAACGAAACAAGGACUUCCUGUAGUCUGCGUCUCCCCCCUGAGCGCUGCUCCUGCUUUUUGAAUGCUUCUAACUCUGCAGGAACCUCACCAAAAGCUCAGAUAUGGCUUUCUGGUGUUUCUGAGAAAGAACGCCCACCCCCGAACCAAUUCACUGCAAAUCCUCUGGACAACAACAGCGUGGAUGUGCGAUGGACAGCUCCAGCCGAUCAGCCAGUGAGCGGUUUUGUGGUUGAGUGGUUUGCCAUUACAGAGAAAACCAGCAGUAGCCUACACUGGGAGAGGCUCAAUAGCUCCAGUACGGCAGUGGUCAUCACAGAGGGAGUGGAGCCCAUGAAGCGUUAUGCCAUUUCUGUCACAGCGCUGUAUGAUGAACAUGGGACAGGACAGAGCGAGAUGCGGAACAUUUACACACUUCAGGGGGCGCCCACAGCAGGUCCUGUACUGGAAGUGCAGAAGAUAUUUGCCAAUGGAGUCGAUCUCAUCUGGAGUCCCAUACCGGUGGAAAACCGACAAGGCUUCAUCCACAACUACACUCUCUACUACACACUUGCAAAUAAAACAACCAAUAGUGUGUUUGUUCCUGGGCAGGUGCUGCAUUAUUCUCUAAAGGAUCUGUCACCUGGCACCUAUGACAUCUACAUGCAGGCCAACACUGAUGCUGGUGCUGGAGCGGCAGGGCCGACAAUUGUUGUGUCCAUAGGCGGCUCUGAAGAGGUGCCUUUGGUGAUGAUUGUAGUGAAAUUCGCCAUCCUUCCAAUCAUCCUGACUUUACUGGCACUGGUGCUGAUGGCCUGCCUGGCGCAGAAUGAGAUGGUGAAACAGAAGUUGUGCCAAGAUAUUCCAGACCCCUCUCACAGCAGCCUGGCCCACUGGACACCCAAAACCCCUUUCGAGAGUGUGAAGUGGCCACCGAUGGCAGAGAAGCCCAAAAUCCAGUACUCAGAAGUAAAUUUGGUCGGUGAAAAUGAGCUGCAGAACGUGAAUCAGGACUUAGGCUAUCACACUGCCCCUACCCCACAGACAUACUCCUCUCUUCUGUAUUCUUCAUUCAAACAUUUUGGGGCCCAAACAGCACAUAACACUGGACGAUCUGAGGAGGAGCACAUAAGAAGUCCCCUAACCAUGCCGACCAGGGCGGCCACCACCUCCUCUGCUGAGCACAAGAGCUACAGCCACAGCCUCCUCACUCAGCCCCUCCUGACCCUUCCUCUGCCCCUCCUGUCCUACUCCAAACUCCAGCCCAGUGACUUGCAGUACACCUCAGUCAACGUCCAUGACAGCAAACCACAGGUAGGGGGAGAGAGUGAGCCGCCAGCAUCUGCGCGGGGCGAGACGACCAGAGGAUCUGAUUUUUCUCCCUCAGAAACAGACAGACUGGGAAUAACCCCGCUUUCUGUGGCUGUUCUUCAGUCCCUCUCUCCAAGACUUCCUCACAACGCUCUCCCUCCUUAUAAUUUGCGCCAUGUCUCUCACUCCUCUUUCUCACUUCCUCAGUCAGUGGAAGUCAAUUCACCCCAUCACCUCUUCUCUCCAAGUCACAUUAACUCAGUCCCAUCACUUCAGCCUGACCCAUUCUCUCCCUUGAACUCGUUUUCUACCUCUCUCUCCCCCUUCCAUCAGCCCAUCACAGUGGAUUUCUCCUACUCUCUCCUUUCCGGCCAGUAUUCUGUGAACUGUGAUCCAUACAUUUCCCCUGGUGUGUAGAGUUUAAUACCACAAUUACUUAAUUGAUUGACAGAUGUACAGUUUUUUUUUUUUGUUUUUGUUUUUUUUUUUUGGUGAGUGAUUUAUCAUAGUUUUGCUUUGUUUAAUCCAUAAAUGUUUGGUAAUGUGCUUUUGAUAUGGUGCCAGUAUGCAGAGUUUGCACAUGUUUUUUGCUGUGACACAACUGCCAGGGAAUGUAAAGUGCCAAAAUGGUGACUGCAUCAUUGUCCUCUGUACAUACUGUACAGUACACAUUGUUUGUGAAUGUUUCUUUUUUCUAAAUGUGAAGCUAAAACCAAUUGAAAAUGUGACUUUAAGCUUUGUUUUUGUAACUGGGUCCAUGUAUAUAUAAGAUGUGUGCUUUGGGAGUUCUGAGCCUUUUUAAGCAUAGCGGUCUCUACUUUGGACAGCGAUUAAAAAGGUGUUUUCUUUGUGGCUUUUGAGGCUAUAGCUGCACAUCAGCCGCCUCAGUGGACGCUAGUGCAUCAUCACACACGUUGCCACCCACUGGGCAGGUGUUGUACUGUAAGUGGGACACAAAUUUCUCAAAACCAAGAUGGCCGACGGGAGGCCAGGAAUGUUGAGCAGCUCAGGAAUAUCUUGCCAGUUCCCCUCCAGUAGGAGACACUGCAGGUAGGAAAAAGGUGAUCUCAAGUAACAGCCAAGAAGUAAUACAGUUGGUGGGAAAAUACAUCAAAUUGGACAUCAUGCAUCUUUUAAUUCAACUACAACUCAUACUGUGACUCCAACUUGGCUGUUUUGAAAAUACUCUGUUGUUGUUAUUUUUUUUGUUAUUUAUGUUGUUUUUUGUAACUUGAAGUGUGUUUACUAUAAAAAAUAAUAUUUUGUUAUUUUGUGCAGAUGUGUGACUAACAGUUUCCAUCUUUAUCAUCAUAUUUUGUAGAGGUCCAGGGCGGGAUACUACAGGAUAUAGGGGCCUAUAGGACAGCAGCGGGAAUAUCAUGAGAGUCCAGUGAUGAUGAUGAUGAUGAUGAUGAUGAUGAUGAUGAUGAUGAUGAGUGGCUGCCAGCAAAAGGGGGUUCAGCAAAUGCAAAAGAUGACAGUUGAGCUGAAGAUGCGUAGUAGGGCUGGGCGAUAUGGACAAAAUCAAUCACAAUAUGUUUGACCAAAUACCUCGUUAUCAAUACUGUGACGACACUGUGGACAUGACUGUUGGUGGUUUGAUAAAAUAUUUAUAUAAUGAAAUUUUUGAGAAAUAGAUAUUUUGACAAAUGCCUGUAAGUAAGUAAAGGCAAAUAAUAAAACUGCUGGAACAGUCAGGCACUAGGAAAAGACAACACUUAUGCCAUAAUGUAUUAUUAUAUCCAAAAUCCCAGAUUAUAUCUAGUCUUAUAUGAUAUCCAUAUGAUAUUGAUAUGUUGCCCAGCCCUUAUGCCGAGGGAUGAAACAGUGCACAACACAAACUUGUGUCAGCCUUAAAACACAAUAUAUUUUCAUACUUUUCACAUAAUACAGAGUUCAAUAGUAAUUAGUUUACUGUUACAUAUUGCUUCAUGUUGAACGCCCAGAUGCAUGCAGUCCACCAGAGUGGACUUGAGUAACUCUUUGAAAAAAUGCAUGUUUAAAAAAAAAAAAAAUGUUUGGUUUGU